GAUUAUUUCACUGCUUUCACAAUCAUACUGUUCUUUCCUCUAAAGCUUUUUUUCCUACCUUCUGGGUGUCAGGAGUGCUCUCAGACCAACAUGACAAUAAAUCGAGGGAAUGUAGUUCUCAUCUGCAGUUUUCUAUGGAUACUGGCAGGUCAAGGUAAUAUAGAAGUAUCUCAGCCAAAGUCAAUUCAGGUUGCCUUAAUAAAUGAGCCCACAGUGAUAUCCUGCAGUGUUGCUUGCACAACUGAAUUAACGGAAAAAAAGUAUACAGUUACUUUCUUCAAAAAGAAUCAAAAUGGAAGCCAUAAGACAGUCCUGAGUAGAACAGAUUCUGACUGUCCGACAAAUGUGUCAAGCACAAACAGAAAAAUAUUUCAGCAGCAAGUAACUACAACAUCAUCACAAGAAACUGGCAUCUAUUAUUGUGAGGCCAUGUUGCAAGAAAGUACUGUCAGUGGAAAAGGAACGUUUGUUUUAGUACGAGAAAAAGGGUUCCAGGAACCACCACCGUUCAUGGGAUUUCGAUAUGCACUUGUGUCAGUCUGUGUAUGCUUGGGUAUUUUCAGCAUCGUGGGAACUGCUUUUCUGUUCUGGAGAGGAAAUGUAUAUUCCUACAUGAGGUGCUGUAAGAAGGAGAAAGAUGAGAUCAAAGACAAGAGCACAACCAGUACCACUACAGCUACUGCUACUAAAACGGACAAAGCAGAUGGAGCUGGAUCAUUCUAUAUGUCACUGAAUCCACAAGAAGCUGGUAUUUACAAUGUCAUCGAGCAGGAAACACAUGACCUAAAGAAGAAGAAGAUAACCGAUGGUCAAACUGUUCACCCGCAGAAAGAUGCACAUUCGAGAAAUGACAGUAGCAAACCAGGAGGAAGCACCAUGGAAAAAAAGAAAAUUCAAGUCAAACUGAAGCCUGGAAAGAAGAAUCAGGAAGAAGUGUUUGAGUCUGUCUAUGAAAACCUGUAGAGAAAAAGAACAAAUCAAGGAGCUCUCCCUAAUAAUUUAUUUAACCCAGAUUUUAUUUAAUUCAUAACUCCGUUGCUUGAUCCAUUUACGUUUGUUUCAUAUUUGCUUGUCCUAUUGUCAUUAUUAGCUACAUGUAAGUGAACAGUACUUUUGCCUAAUAUUUGUUGGGCUUAGUACUACCUCCUUGGCUAAUGUUAAUUCAACUUUAGGUGUGUACCUUAAUUAAUUAUCCAUCCAUAGGCAGAAAGCAUCCUCAAGGUUUCAGGCUUUCAUAAAGCAGCUGAUAUCACUGCCAUACAAGAUCCACAUGUGCACUUUUAUAUGCAGCCAUUCAUUUACAAGUUGCUGCUUGCACUAAGGAAUGUAUACCAUUUAUAAUUUCUGCUCUGUGUACGAUUGUUGCAGUCUGUAUUUCUGACGAUUAUUUAGCUGUGCAUGUUCUGAUUUCUUGCUAAUGCUGGUACUACCAUUGCCCAUAUUGCCCUGAAACAUGAUGAAAGACAGAGUUAAUGACACCACUGGAGACUCACAUCUACAGUAAAGCUCAUUUGAAAUAAUACCCUGACCCUUAAGGGAAAAAGAUGGUUUGGAGAUGGUUCUGUUGUUAUGUUGGAUACUUGAACACUCAAUACAUGAUUUCUAAGGCAAUAAAGUACUUAUUUUAGGUUCAUAUGUA